CUCUCAUAUGACUUUUAAGUAUCAUCACUAUCACCCAUCUCUCCUUCACAUGCAUAUCAUCUCCCACAUUCAAUUUUAACCAUCCAUAAAUCCCAAACAUCUCUCUCUCUCUCUCUCUCUAUCUCUCUCUCUCUCAUGCACAUGCACAUCCUCUCUCCUACACUCAAUCCAAACCAUCCAUAACACUCCCAAAACACCAUCCUCUCAAAUUCCAAACCUCCCAAAUGAAGAAACCUCACAACAACAUCUCUCAUGCACACCCUCUCUCCCACACUCAAUCACAAUCGCCCACAACACUCCCAAAUCACCAUCCUCUCAAACUCCAACCCACCCAAAUGAGGAAACUUCAAAACCCAAUCACCAUCAUCUCCAUUCUCAUCUUCUCCUUCACCACAUUAGCCACCUCCCUCUCCCCAGAUGGGCAAGCCCUCCUCUCUCUCCUUGCAGCAGCCGAGAUCAGCUCCCCUUCCACAAUUCUCCCCUCAUGGAACCCCUCCCACCCCACCCCAUGCUCAUGGGAAGGCAUCACCUGCUCCCCUCAAAACAGAGUAAUCUCUCUCUCACUCCCAAACACAUUCCUCAACCUCACUUCCCUCCCGCCCCACCUCUCUUCCCUCUCCUCCCUCCAACUCCUCAAUCUCUCCUCUUCAAACGUCUCCGGCACCAUCCCGCCUUCCUUCUCACUCCUCUCCCACCUUCGCGUCUUCGACCUCUCCUCCAAUUCCCUCUCCGGCCCCAUUCCACCUCUGCUCGGCUCAAUCCCCACUCUCCAAUUCCUCCUCCUCAACUCCAACCGUCUCUCCGGCCACAUUCCUCCCUCCCUUGCCAAUCUGUCCUCCCUCCAAGUCCUCUGUCUCCAAGACAACCUCCUCAACGGCUCCAUACCCCAGCAAUUCGGCUCUUUAGCCUCCCUCCAACAGCUCCGCAUUGGUGGGAACCCGUUCCUCAUUGGUGCCAUUCCUCCCCAGCUUGGUCUAAUCACCAAUCUCACCACGUUCGGCGCUGCUGCUACUGGCCUUUCCGGCCCAAUCCCGCCCACGUUCGGAAAUCUAGUCAAUCUACAGACACUGGCUCUCUACGACACCGAUGUCUCUGGUUCAAUUCCGCCUGAAUUGGGUUCGUGCUCCGAGCUGCGGAAUUUGUAUCUGCACAUGAACAAGAUUACCGGCACAGUCCCGCCCGAAUUGGGUAAGCUGCAGAAGCUCACUAGCUUGUUUCUGUGGGGGAAUUCGAUAUCAGGGCCCAUCCCUGUAGAGCUCUCCAACUGUUCAUUGCUGGUUGUUCUCGACAUCUCCGCCAAUAGGAUUUCAGGCGAAAUCCCAGGUGAGUUCGGGAAGCUUUCGAUCUUGGAACAGCUCCAUCUUUCAGAUAACUCAAUUACAGGUUCGAUUCCAUGGCAGUUGAGCAAUUGCACCAGCUUAACAACUCUGCAGCUAGAUAAGAACAUCUUGUCUGGGUCUAUUCCAUGGCAGAUUGGUAAUUUGAAAUUCUUGCAGAGCCUUUUCUUGUGGGGCAAUGCCAUAUCAGGCGCCAUACCCGCCUCUUUCGGAAAUUGCACCGAACUGUAUGCUCUUGAUCUUUCCAAGAAUCGGCUUACCGGGUCGAUUCCAGAAGAGCUGUUUGGUUUGAAGAAGCUGAGCAAGCUUCUACUCUUGGGCAAUGCAUUGUCGGGCAGGCUGCCUUCCAACGUCUCAAAUUGCGAGUCUUUGGUCAGAUUGAGGCUCGGAGAGAAUCAGCUCUCGGGUCCAAUUCCGAAAGAGAUAGGCAAGUUGCAGAAUCUUGUCUUCUUAGAUUUAUACACGAACCAUUUCUCUGAUAGACUGCCCACUGAGAUUGCAAAUAUAACAGUUUUAGAACUAUUGGAUAUCCACAAUAAUCAUAUUACUGGAGAAAUCCCGUUUCAGUUGGGAGAACUAAUAAAUCUCGAGCAGCUUGAUUUAAGCCACAACAGCUUCACUGGUGAAAUCCCAUCAAGUUUUGGCAAUUUGAGUUACCUGAACAAGCUCAUCCUCGACAACAAUCUUUUAACUGGGUCAUUGCCGACAUCCAUCAAGAACUUGCAGAAACUGACAUUGCUCGAUUUGAGCUUCAAUGGCCUUUCUGGGCCGAUUCCUCCAGAGAUUGGGUACGUGACUAGCUUGACGAUUAGUUUGGAUUUGAGCUCGAAUGGGUUUAUGGGUGAAAUUCCCAAGGAAAUGGCGGGUUUGACACAGCUACAGUCAUUGGAUCUUUCACGGAAUAUGUUAUAUGGAGGAAUUGGGGUUUUGGGUGAGUUAACUAGUCUUACUUUCUUGAAUAUUUCGUACAAUGAUUUCUCUGGCCCGAUUCCUGUGAACCCAUUUUUCAGGACUCUAUCAGAAAAUUCGUACCUUCGGAACCCGAAACUAUGCCAAUCUUUUGAUGGGUCCGCCUGUUCUUCGUCUCUGAUGCAUAGAAACGGGCUCAGGUCUGCGAAAACGGUAGCUUUGAUCUGUGUGAUUUUGGGUUCAGUGACAAUGGCGCUCUUCACAUCUUGGAUUGUGAUAAAUAGAAGUAGGAAGUCCAUGGGUGAGAAAUCAUUAUCGUCAGGCGCUGACGAUUUCUCAUAUCCAUGGACAUUCAUACCUUUCCAGAAGCUGAAUUUCACAGUCGACAACAUCUUGGACUGCUUGAAAGAUGAGAACGUCAUUGGGAAAGGGUGUUCAGGGAUUGUUUACAAGGCCGAAAUGCCGAAUGGGGAGCUGAUCGCUGUGAAGAAGCUCUGGAAAUCGAAGAGGGAAGAAGAACUAAUGGAUGCUUUCACUUCAGAGAUUCAGAUUCUCGGGCACAUCCGGCACAGGAACAUUGUGAAGCUCUUGGGCUACUGUUCGAACAAGUGCGUGAAGCUCCUACUGUACAAUUACAUCUCUAAUGGAAAUCUGCAACAACUGUUGCAGGAGAAUAGGAGCUUGGACUGGGAGACGAGGUAUAAGAUUGCUGUGGGAACAGCACAAGGUCUCGCUUAUCUCCAUCACGACUGUGUUCCAGCUAUUCUUCAUAGAGACGUAAAGUGCAACAAUAUACUGUUGGAUUCCAAGUGUGAAGCUUAUUUGGCAGAUUUUGGGCUGGCAAAGCUGAUGAAUUCACCAAAUUUCCACCAUGCCAUGUCAAGGGUUGCGGGUUCUUACGGCUACAUAGCUCCAGAGUAUGGAUACACGAUGAACAUCACAGAGAAGAGCGAUGUAUACAGUUAUGGGGUGGUCCUGCUUGAGAUCCUCAGUGGCCGCAGUGCCGUCGAGUCGCAUGUUGGUGACGGGCUUCACAUAGUCGAAUGGGUAAAAAAGAAGAUGGGGAGUUUUGAGCCUGCCAUUAACGUACUGGACAUGAAGCUCCAAGGUCUACCUGAUCAGAUGGUGCAGGAGAUGCUUCAGACACUCGGGAUAGCAAUGUUCUGUGUGAAUUCAUCACCGACAGAACGACCAACCAUGAAGGAAGUAGUGGCAUUGCUAAUGGAAGUGAAGAGCCCACCUGAAGAAUGGGGGAAGACUUCACAGCCUCUCAUAAAGCCAGUAAACCACCGCUGAAUAAUCUCUCUCUCUCUCUCUCUCUCUCUCUCUCUCUCUCUCUGAGAAUGCCUUGAAUGAUUGCUUGUUUUCUAAAAGGAAAAAAAAAAAAGAGCUUCCAUGGUGGGAAAUUGGUGAAGGAAGCUAUGAGUGGUUUGCUUGGGAUGUUGUUGUUGUUGGGAUUGUUGUACAGUUUUAGAAUUAUGGUUUUUUUUUUUUAUAUAAUUAUUAUUAAGCAUUAGGGUUGAUUUAA